GAGCCUGACCGGCCCCUGGCCCCCUCCCCCGGGCCAGCCCCCCGCUCCCUAUUGGUCCUCCGGGGAAACGCUGCGGGGCGCCUCUGUCCCCGCUGCAGAGCCCGGGCCGGGGCCAGCGGGCGGGGUUUGCCGGGGCCGCUGUCGGUCAGGUCCGCGGUCCCUGACAGCUCAGGGAGCCUCCCGCGCGGCCGCGGCGCCCGCCACCCACGCACCUCCCGCGCCGCGCCCGCUUCAGCUCCAACCGCCCCCAGCUCCUGGCCUCGCGCAGCCGAGUCCGUGAGCCGGGCUCGCCACGAAGAGUUCCAGGAUCAUCCAGUGAAAAUAAUAUUGCCCCUAACAUAUCUGGAACAUCAGCCUCAGAACCACUGCCCAUGGUUAUUCAACGUCUUCAGGCCUCACAGGAUGACGUAAUGGUGUCUCUGCAAUGAUGAAAUACCCUGGCCAGUGGGCGAGGUGCUGGCUGGAUAUUUAACUGUGAGUCUGAGCCUGUGGGAAGGAGAGCAGGGAUGCCUUGGAACCCUGGGUAAACACUGACCCUCUGGUGUCCUGGAGGGUGAAUCAGCACCUGCCAAACUUUUGAGACAGCUCACGGCUUAGAGGAAGCCUCAUCUAAAUAAAGGCCGGCUAAAGUGACAUUGCAGGGAUUUAAUCCUUCUCUGGCAGCCCGUGUGACCAGAAGGCUGAUUUGCAAGUUUCCACUCUCCUAGGGUCCAGAUCACUGGGUCUCGGGGGCCCUGAGGCUGGCCAGCAGGAGAAGUGCAAAAUGAAGCAGGUCAGAAGGGAACGUCAGCAGCAGGGACCCGGGGGCCUCCACGGGGCUCUUACACACCACAAUGAAAGAUUCUCCGGCCAUCAAAGGAAAUAGCAAACUGGAGGCUUUGUCUUGGGACGCAGCCACCUUCCACAGAGCAUCAGACCGCAUGGUGGGCCAGAAAGUUCCUGGAACCUGAGCAGGAGAGUGGUUAUGGUAACUGGAUGUGCGGGCCUAGACAGUGAGAGCUGGGCAGUGCCACGUGAGGGAAGGUGGGAAAUGUCUUGAGUGAGGUGGGUGGCUCCUGGCCUGGCUGGGCAGACUCUGCUGGCCCGUGUGCCUCUGCCCCCCUCAGACCAAGAAGGGGUCUGCUCAUCAAGGAGCCUACCCGGAUCUGCAGGCCAGCAGUCACAGACACGGGGCUCUGGCAGGCCCUAACUCCCAUCUCCCAUCCCCCGGGCCCUUGACACUGCUCCCCAAGCCUGCCUUCGAUUGGUGCCCUUGGCCGAGACGGAGAUGUGAGCCUGGGGUGGACGAUGACUGCAGUGUACGUGAAUGGAGGUGGCCUGGUAACCCCCCACUAUGCCAGGUGGGAACGGCGGGAUAGCGUGGAAAGUGGCUGUCAGACGGAGUGCAGCAAGGAGGAUGAGGAGGGGCAGCCCCGCCAGCUGACACCCUUCGAGAAGCUGACCCAGGACAUGUCCCAAGAUGAGAAGGUGGUGAGAGAGAUCACGCUGGGGAAACGUAUUGGCUUCUACAGAAUCCGAGGGGAAAUUGGAAGUGGGAACUUUUCCCAAGUCAAGCUCGGGAUUCACUCCCUAACUAAAGAAAAGGUGGCCAUUAAGAUCCUGGACAAGACCAAGCUGGACCAGAAAACCCAAAGGCUACUGUCCCGUGAAAUUUCCAGCAUGGAAAGACUGCACCAUCCCAACAUCAUCCGUCUGUAUGAAGUGGUGGAGACCCUAUCCAAGCUCCACUUGGUGAUGGAGUAUGCAGGGGGUGGGGAACUCUUUGGGAAAAUCAGCACUGAAGGGAAACUCUCAGAGCCAGAAAGCAAGCUCAUCUUCUCCCAGAUUGUGUCUGCCGUGAAGCACAUGCAUGAGAAACAAAUUAUUCAUAGAGACCUGAAAGCAGAAAAUGUGUUUUAUACCAGUAAUACUUGUGUGAAGGUGGGUGAUUUUGGAUUCAGCACAGUAAGUAAAAAAGGCGACAUGCUCAACACUUUCUGCGGGUCGCCUCCCUACGCGGCGCCCGAGCUUUUCCGAGACGAGCAUUAUGUCGGCAUUUAUGUGGACAUCUGGGCCUUGGGGGUGCUUCUGUACUUCAUGGUGACCGGCACCAUGCCGUUUCGGGCAGAGACCGUGGCCAAGCUGAAGAAGAGCAUCCUGGAGGGCGCAUACAGCGUGCCUCCGCACGUGUCCGAGCCCUGCCUCCGCCUCAUCCGGGGCGUCCUUCAGCCCGUACCCACCGACAGGCACGGCAUCGAUUCCAUCAUGAGCAAUGAGUGGAUGCAAGGGGUGCCGUACCCCACCCCUCUGGAGCCUUUCCAACUGGAUCCCAAACAUUUGUCCGAAACCAGCACCCUCAAGGAAGAAGAAAACGAGGUCAAAAGCACUUUAGAACACUUGGGUAUUACAGAAGAGCACAUUCGAAACAACCAAGGGAGAGAUGCCCGAAGCUCCAUUACAGGGGUCUAUCGGAUCAUUUUACAUAGAGUCCAAAGAAAAAAGGCUUUGGAAAGUGUCCCGAUAAUGAUACUACCAGACCCGAAAGAAAGGGACCUGAAGAAAGGGUCCCGUGUCUAUAGAGGCAUAAGACACACAUCUAAGUUUUGUUCAAUUUUAUAAAUUGCGUUAACUGCUGAUAAUUAACCAAGAGCAUUGUUGCUGCUUUUAAAUUUUUUCAUGGACAACUUGGGUGGAGACAUUUUUGUAAUUUUUAAAUAAAUUUAAAUUUAAGAUCUGCA